UCUCUCUGUGCUUCCUCACAUUAGCGCUCGACAGUAGUCCGGCUUUUCCACGGCUACUACGGGAGCGCGAGUGCGGGCGCGCGGCAUGGACACGUAGCCAGUCCCAGUGCGUGCAGCGCGGCUCAGUCACACGGCGCGAGCCUGCGCGAGCGCGCACGUUAUUCCAGCAUGACUGUGUUUCUGCGCACACACUUCGACCAGCGGUGAAGCCCGAAACCUGCACCAAAACGUCCGAGAUGGGAGACACGUUGGAGAUCCAUUAUACUGGGAGACUACUGGAUGGCAAAGUGAUUGACUCCUCUCUGUCUCGUGACCCCCUGGUUGUAGAGUUAGGAAAAAGAACUGUCAUUCCAGGACUCGAACAGAGUUUGCUUGGCGUGUGUGUGGGACAAAAAAUCAAGGCUACCAUACCAGCUCACCUUGGCUAUGGAAAGCGUGGCUAUCCACCAACUAUCCCAGGUGAUUCAGCACUGGAGUUUGAGGUGGAGGUGGUGUCCCUGACCCAACAGACCCCUUGGCAGCAUCUGGUAAACGACGUAUUUCCCAUGUUGUGCCUCGCGUUGGUUCCCACGCUGCUUGGCCUCGUGGGGCUCUACCUCUAUAAAAAGGCCAAUGGCCAGCAAUCCAGCAAGAAAGUCAAAGACAGGAAAAGUAAGCAGAAAAAGAAAUAAAAC